AGAGUGAAAGGAGAUUAGUUCUUUUAAGUAAAAUCUAGAGUUUAAAUCUUAUAAAUAAAAAAAUAAACGCAGAUAAAACUUUUUUUAUAGGAUCCAAUAUGAUUCAAUAUGGAUUGAUUUCAUAUUAAUUAGAAUUUAAUAUGAUUAUGAAAUAAAAAAAUUAAUAAAAAAAACUAUUUAGAUAUAAUAAUAAUCUCCUACUCCAAUCAUAAUUACAACUUACAAGAAAGUUAAGACAUAAUAAUGCCAACAUGUGCAUCAUUCAGAUCUUAACUCAAAACAAGCAUCAACCACAGACAACUCGAAGAUUUUAUCACAUAAGGGUUGUUUCUUGGGGUCAGUGGUUUCCGGGUACCCCAUUUUGGGAUAGUCCCGGAGAUCAAACCGCUAGAAACCCUCUUAUGCUCUCGGAUAAGGUGUAUACCUUGAUCCAAAGCAGGAAAACAAAGAAGAGAAGUACCGGAAUCUCGCCGGAGACACUGCCGGGAAUCGCCUUCUCCGAUCUCUCUCUCUCUUGCCACCCUCUUUUCUUUUUGUUUCUGCUAUCUGACUGCGCCCUCUCUCUGCCUAAAAUUUCCUAAUAACAGGAACUAUUUAUACAAGAAUUCCCCAAAACCCUUAAAUUUCCUGAUCUCUCAUCCACACUUAGGAUUAAGACCUUUGGCUGCUGUGGGGCCAUCUGGUUGGAAAAGGAGCACAGAAGAGAGCGAGAAAGGAAGGGAAUUGAUGGACAUUUGCUUUUGGGCAGUGCUUGGAGCGUUCGCCUCUGCUCCGUCCAGCCAACAUAUGCUUUUAAAUGUUAACGUGCCUUAGUUAUAUUUUU